UCCUUCUCUCCGCCUCGCCCCACUCAAACCCUAGCUCUCCCUCUCCCUUUCCCUCUCUUCCUCCGCCCGCGACUGGCACCGGCCACCCGCUUGACGGGCCUACCGGUAGAGUUCACAAGCGAGCCGCAGCCCGGCUGACGGCGCCGGCGGCCAGCAGCAGGGGGCGGUUAGAUCCGGCUCAACUCGACGCCGGUUUCCCCCUCCCAAAACUGAGGCUAUAGAGUGAAUGAGUACUGAUUAUUGAUUAUUGAUAGAAGUAUAAAAGUACAAAGCAACUCAUUUUGGUGACGCGAAGAGUCCGAAGGGAUGGCUCUAUUCCCUGAGGUGGAGGUGUAUAUGCUACAUCAAUUUGAUUUGAAUCUAACUCAUAUAUGGAUUCCACAUGACAAAAAGAUGUGGGUUGCGUGGCCAUUCCCAUGUGCAUGCACAUUCAUCUGGACUGUAUAUAUCUUACUUAGUUGUAACCCCUGCCUGAAAGCAUUUAUCCAAGACUUCUCCUUAGCUUAUUAAGGCUGAUCUAUCGGUUCCUAUAGAGGAGGUCCAUCUGCGGCUGUCAUUCGUAUGGAUAAGACAACUACUUCUGAACUUGUCCUGGACAACGACAAUGCCGGGAGUAAUGCUGCUUCUGCACAGGAGCCUCUUACUACCAAUGGUAAGACUGAUGGGGGCAGAAAUAGAUACAAACAGACCGCCAAAAGGGGAAGGAAAGGCUCCCAAAUAUCACCAAGUAAAACAUAUCCCCUGAGAUCAUCACAUAGUAGUGUAAGGUUGCUUCGCUCUGCCUCAAAAAAGAAGAAUGAGACACCUACGGUGACCACAAAUGAUAAUACUGCUGUUCAACGAGUUGCCAAGAAAAGGAAAAGAAGCAAACCCUUGCGACCUGCACCUAGCAGGGGGCUUCGCUCUGCCUCAGAAAAGAAGAAUAAGGCACAUAAUGAGCUUGUAAAUGAUAGUGCUGGUGUUCAACCAGCAGAAAAGAAAAGAAAGGUAGGUAGACCCCCCAAAGGAGGAACUCCCAAGAAUGACUACCUCAGUAUCCGAAAGCGAGUUAGAUACAUUUUGAAUAGAAUGAACUAUGAACAAAGCUUAAUUCAAGCCUAUGCCAGUGAAGGUUGGAAAGGUCAAAGCUUGGAAAAGAUAAGACCUGAGAAGGAGCUCGAACGAGCCAAGGCGGAAAUUCUGCGAUGCAAGUUAAGAAUACGGGAAGCUUUUCAGAGUUUGGAUUCCCUCCUAUCUGAGGGAAAGCUGGAAGAAUCUCUGUUCGAUUCUGCUGGGGAAAUAUCUAGUGAAGAUAUUUUCUGUGCUAUAUGUUCUUCAAAGGAUGUUACAUUAAAAAAUGACAUCAUUCUUUGUGAUGGAAUCUGCGACAGAGGGUUCCACCAAUAUUGUUUAAAUCCUCCUUUGCUUGCUGAACAUAUUCCACCGGGGGAUGAAGGAUGGCUUUGCCCUGCAUGUGAUUGCAAACUUGACUGUAUAGAUGUAUUAAAUGAACUCCAAGGGGUUAAACUCUCUAUUCAUGACUCGUGGGAGAAAGUUUUUCCCGAGGCAGCAUCCUUUGUGAAUGGUUCUAAGCAAAUUGAUGCGUCCGAUCUUCCAUCAGAUGAUUCAGCAGACAAUGAUUAUGACCCUGCUUUGCCUCAAGGGCACAAGGUGGAUGAAGAUCAAUCUUCUGGAGAAGAUGGGGAUGAAGGAUCAGAGUCUGAUGACUCAUCUUCUGAUGAGGAUUCUGACUCUUCGGAGAACGAAAAGUCUAAAACUUCAAAGAAUGAGAGGACAGUUGAUGAUCUUGGUUUGCCUUCUGAGGAUUCAGAGGAUGGUGACUUUGAUCCAGCAGGUCCAGAUUCCGACAAAGAACAAAAUGAUGAUGAAUCAAACUCAGAUCAGUCAGAUGAAUCAGACUUCACAUCUGACUCUGAUGAUUUUUGUGCUGAGAUUGCUAAAUCUUGUGUUCAGGAUGAAACCUCAGGACCUUCAUUAUCACAAAUCAGAACAGUUGAUCAUACCGUUGGAAGUGCUUUUGAUAGUGAGCCUACUGCAGAAAAUUCGAAUCUUGCAUUUAUGGAGGCAGAGCUAGAGCAAGACAUGGUUCUACCAGUUUCCAGUAAACGGCAAGUUGAACGUUUGGAUUACAAACAACUAUAUGAUGAGGCUUAUGGAAAAGCAUCAUCUGAUUCAAGUGAUGAUGAAGAGUGGUCUGGAGAUAGUGCACAUCAAGAAGAAAAUUUAGAGGACAGUGAAACAGAUUUGCUUGCUGAAUCACCUCAGCGUGGAAAAAAUUUCACUAGAAGAGCAGCAGUUAGGCACCAGAAUAAUGAACAUACUCCACAGAAUGUAAGGUCUGGUGGUUCAGUAAGCGACCAGCAAACUGAAGUGCUUUGCUCCGAUAGCAAUGGUAGCGCAGCCAGAAAGAGACAUUUUGGUCCUGCCAUUAAUCAGAAACUGAAGGAAUAUUUCAAGGAAGAUCCAUAUCCUAGUCGUACAACAAAAGAAAAUCUGGCACAAGAGCUAGGCCUAACAUUCAAUCAGGUCACUAAAUGGUUUUCUAGUACUCGUCAUUACUCAAGAGUAGCAGCCACAAAAAAGGAGAACAAUAUUGAAAAUCAAACAUCUGAGAAUAAUAAUAGCAACACUGUUGAUAGCAUAGAACUGAGAGGAUCCAAUGAAAUGGUAAUGGAAAAGGCGAGUGUAGAUAGAAAUGAUAUGGCCUCUGAGGAUUGGAUGGGGCAAAGUAAUCUCAAUGAAGGUUUUCCAUUAGGAAAAGAUAGCAGUUUUGGGCAAAAUGUGGUUGCGACUCCUGUGGUACACCAAGAUUGCCCUACCGUCUCAAAAGAAAUUGGCUCGCCAAAAUGUGGGAGUAGAGAAAACCAGGGCAAUGAUUCCUCAAGUAAUGUUGGAACACCAAAAGUUAAAUCUUCAGAGAAAACGAUCUCUGGAUUAGAAAAUGCAGAUGAGGCUAGGCGAAAGGCAGUACAGCGGGAGCUGAGAAAGAUGAAAACGGGAAGGUGAAACUCUUUCUUGUUGAAUUAUUUGUGAACUCUCUAGUUCAGUUCAAGUUUUGUGUUCUGCAUGGGUUGCUUUUAAUCAGAUGUGAGGUGUCCAGUCUGGACGGACGAGUGCUGACCAAUUAGUUGAGGAGAAGCAAGAUAUGUUUAUUCUUGUUUGGGGUCGUAAAAUCCUUCUUGUUGCUGAUAUAUUUGUUUCGUGUAGAGCGUCGGCUGUCCGGUCAGAGUUUCUGAUUCUUAGAAGUGCAUCCUGCAGUAUUCCAGUUACAAGUUGACUGUAACAUUGUUAACACAUACCCGUAGUGGACAGUGAAUGUGUUGUUUGUCGUGCCCUGUACCACCUUGAAGUAGAGUAGUUGUAACUGAAAUCUAUACCUCUGUUUUGUCACCUCAUAGAACAAAACCAAUUGUAGCAACUGUAGUAAGAUUUCAUUUCACAAGAAUGUUGAGAUGAUGCUACUCAUAUCUAGCAACUGCAGUAUGCUACUGUGUAGUUGUGUAUACUAGUGUCUACUCUCUCACCUCUACGCAUUUCGAAUAUAAUAUCCAA